UGAGCACAUCUCACGGUGAUUCGUUAGUACAUAAUAAUAGUUACACGUAGACGAUUGAUUUAUUACGGAUUACAUUUAAUUAUGCUAAUGAGCAAAAUAAACCUUUUUUCGAAAACGCUGAUUUAAAUCGUACAUUUCGUUUUCUUUCUGCAUUGGCGGUAAGUGUGUAAUGAGCGAGCGAACGAUCGAAGCGGAUAUUCUGGCAUUUUUUUUAUUUUUAAAAAUAAUCUUUACUUAAAACAUGCCAAGCUUUUAAUGUAAAUGAUAGAUUGUCUUGAGAUCUGUGUUACAUGUCGCCUCGGUUCUGUGUGUGUAAACUCUGACACUAAUGUCACAGAGCGAGUCUGAAAGUGACAUAUGGGAAUACAAAUCGCUUAGGAAGACAAAAAGACAAGACAAAUCUCAGAAACCUGGCGAUGAUGGAGCAAAGCGACAGAAGUUGGAAAAGCAAGGGGCGUCAAAGAAAAAGUCAGAGAAAAUCUGCAAAGGGCGCAGAUUGAGUUCUAAACCCAAAACAUCGACUAAACAAUGUUUGAAGAUUAAAUCUGUUGAAGUGACCAGGACAGAUGGACCACUAAGCGAAUCUCCCACACCAUCCUGCUCUCAGUCAGCAGCAGUGCAUGAUGGGUCAUCAGGACAGCACACGGAGUCUGGGGGUUACUGCCCUGUCUGUCAAAUGCCAUUUUCCAUUUUGGUCGUCCAGACAGCACAGUGGCAUGUCGCUGAAUGUCUGGAGAACCCUGGAGAAACGAGUACAGAAUGUCCGGAUGGCCUACAGUGCUUCUCCUCUAUUUCAAACCACUACAAGAGGUACAGCCAUUCUCUUUUAGCUCACAGUCGAGCAUUAAAUGAUACAGAUUCUCGAUCUUCAAUACUGGAGCGCACACCGAACUUACAUCAGGAACAGAAGACAAUUAAUAAUGACACAUUUAUUUAUGGUAAAGAUAGCUUUGUGGACAGUGCCGUCAAUCUGUCCACUGCAUCCAGUCAGAGUGCCUUUCCUGCUCAUGAAUCCAGAGAAUCUUCUACUCCUGUCCAUCUAAAUGCCUUGCAGCGCUUGCGCUCACCCGGGCCUAAGGACAUUAAGAAAAAGAAAGGUUGGUCCCCUUGUAGCAAAGGACCCAAACCUCACAGCUCAUCUCAGGAAGCUAAAAUUAGGAUGUCAACUCCAAAGAAAGCAAACCCUGUAAGCCAUGAUGUUCAGGCCGAAGAAGUAAAAAAGGAACCGUGUACUUUAGAUGAUGAUGAUUAUAUUUCAUACUCACCUCUUUCUGAGCUCCCUGCCGAAAUGGAAGGGAAGCCGAUAAAGAAAAAACUGUUCCACAGCACAGGACUAGAGGAUGUGAGUGAGAAAGAUGACAAUUCUGAUUUACUGUUGCUCAGUGAUGAUGCUCUCAGUGAUGAUGACCUAUUUGGUGAUGUAUUGGAUCAAUAUAAAACCAGGAAAACGAGAAGCCAAGGAGAUGCAGUCAUUAAAGGGUCUCUCUACACCUGUGACCAGUUAAAGUCAUUAGAGUCAAAUAAACAUUUGAUGAGUUCAAGCUGUGCAGGGCCUACAGAUAUACCUCAUCAGUCCUGUGAAAAAGACGUGCAUGUCAUGAAAGACAGGGCAGAUAAUCCUCAUCUACCAUCUCCUCAAAGUCUAGUUCUGGAACGUCUUCGUGAAUGCAUAUCAAACACCACGCAGUCCAACAAUCUCAAUUCAACUUGUGCUGAUGUCGAGUCUGAUUCUUUAAAUCCGGAAAUGUCCUCCACCCAAACAGGCUUGGUUACUAGGAAACAAACUCCUUCCAAAACACCCCAAAAAUCUCAGACCAAGGCAGGAACAUCUGGAUUGAAGCAAACUGAUAUUGGAGUCUUUUUUGGCCUGAAGCCUUUGAAAAUAAAGAAAGAGGAAGUUAGCACGAGUGUGGAAGAGAAACUCCAGGUGAGUUGUGCCUCAGGGAAGAGCUCAGGGGAUGCAGAGCCAAAGAGUAGACGGAGGAAGAACACGGCAGCAUCUGAAGUCACCACAACAAAGGAAGGAGCAGAAGAAGGAGCUGCUCAGCCUACGCAAACAGAAGGCAACCGUGGAGCGGGGGCAUGGAGGAAGAAGAGGUGGAACAGAACAAGGCGGACAGAUGGAGAAGCAGAAGAGCCUAAACGAUGCCCGUUCUACAAGAAAAUCCCUGGAACAAGUUUUGUCGUGGAUGCUUUUCAGUACGGCAAUAUCCAAGGGAUCACAGCCUACUUUCUUACACAUUUCCACUCUGACCACUACGGAGGCCUGACGAAAACCUCGACUCUACCCAUCUAUUGCAAUAAAAUAACAAGCAACCUGGUGAGGAGUAAACUGCAUGUGGAUGAGCAGUAUAUCCAUGUUCUCCCCAUGAAUGAGGAAUGUGUAGUCGAUGGUGUAAAGGUUACCCUGCUGGAUGCCAAUCAUUGUCCAGGGUCAGCCAUGCUGCUGUUGUUCCUGCCAGACGGACAGACUGUGCUCCACACAGGCGACUUCCGGGCUCAUCCGUCCAUGGAGCGCUACCCAGAGUUGCAGUGUGUUAGGAUUCAGACACUGUAUCUGGACACCACGUACUGCAGUCCAGAAUAUGCAUUUCCCACACAACAGGAAGUGAUCACCUUUGCUGCUAACACAGCCUUUGAGCUGGUCACACUCAACCCUCGCACUCUGGUCGUGUGUGGAACCUACUCGGUGGGAAAGGAGAAGGUGUUCUUGGCUAUUUCUCAGGUGCUGGGGUCUAAGGUCUUUAUGUCCAAAGAUCGUUAUAAGACCAUGUGCUGUCUAGAAUCGGAGCACAUCUCCCAGUGUAUUACCACAGACGUGAGGGCAGCUCAGGUCCACGUUCUUCCCAUGAUGCAGCUUAAUUUAAAGAAUUUAAAAGCAUACUUGAAAAGGUUUUCUGGUACUUAUGACCAGCUGGUGGCGUUCAAGCCCACGGGCUGGACCUUUACUCAGGGAGUUGGUGUGGAGAACAUAAAACCUCAAGUCUACGGCAACAUCAGUGUUUAUGGUAUUCCAUACAGUGAGCACAGUGGCUACCUGGAGCUGAAGCGCUUUGUGCAGUGGCUGCGGCCACUGAAGAUCAUUCCCACAGUAAAUGUUGGCAGUUGGAGCAGCAGAAAGGCCAUGAACAACUGCUUCAGUGAAUGGCAAGCUGAGAUUAAAGCUCUGAAUGCAGGACCAAAGAGUGACCAUAAAAUGGGCUCCUGUACAAGACAGUAACUAAUCAUGUCCAAAUGGUUAAAUUAUGUGUUUAGAUUAUAAAUGCAAGCUUGGAUAUAAGCAUAAUCUCUCCCUCUAAUUCAGAUGGAUCUUUAAUCGACACUGAGGGUAAAAAAUUUGAGAUCAUGAAUUUAUGAAAUUUUAAUGUUUUUUUUUUAUUGUGCCUUUGCAGUGUUUUAUGCAAGAGUAUUUUGAUAAUUUUACUGCAGAAACACACAAUUUUGUCUCAAUAGGUACUGAUCAAAGUAAUUAGUUAGACUAGUCUUUCAAUACAUUUCUUGUGCCAUUACUCUCUCCUCUUGCACUAUUUAUCUAGUGGCGAUGAAUGUUUUAAUAUUGUGUAAAUGUUUAAAAUAAGCAGAUAUGUGCAAAUAAAUCUUUUUUCAGAAU